CUCCGUCUCAAAAAAAAAAAAGAAAAAAAAAAAAAGUUAUUUAAAUCAUAUCCAAUCACCUAAUUAGGACUUUAAAAAAGUUUAAUACCUUUUGAAAUCAACUUAUUUUAUGCCAAGAGGAAAAAUAGGUUUAGACUUGGCAUAUAGAACCCAUCCUUAAUCUUGUUCCAGCCUAUAUCCUAUUCUCAUCUUUCCAUUGUCCUCUACUUUUGCAGUUGUAUAAAAUUAUUCGUUCAUGCAUUUAGGUACUUCCCUCUGCGGUCUCUUGUAACUAAGCUUGUCCCUGUGGAAAUUUGGAAACUUAGCCCAUGCGUUGUUAAGAGGCACAGUUCUGUGUGUAUGAGGCUUCUGUCUGCUUCUGUGGCCUGCUCCCACCCAGAUAGUCUCUUCUGUUACAACUUAGUGCAUCGUUCUUGGGGGCUGGAAAAAUCAGAGUCAGGGCUUCUAUAAAGACUCCAGAUGAAGAUGUACUUUACUUGAAAUUGUUAUUAUAACACUGUUUCCUGUGCCGUGUUUCUCUACAAAGUAAGCGUGGAGCCACGUUUUGGACUGUUGUCCCAUGAGUGUGAAUGUCACUUUGAACCCAAGACUACAGAUGCUUGUGUGGAGUGGGGGUUGUGACAUUGUACCUCCAUACCUUUUCACCACUUCUUGUGAACUUUAUUUUUUCAAAAUUGAACUUAAAUGUUACCACCCCUACACCUACUCAAACAAUAAUUCAUUCCCCCUCCUGCUCCCCUGUAGCAAUACGUAUAUACUUCUCUAAUACUGUUUUAUAUUAUUUGUAUACACGUUUUUCUCCUUAGACUGUAAGCUCCUCAGAGACUGGAAGCAUUUUUCCAUUUCUGGCAUUAAGUAUCUUAGUAGCAUAUAGUAAACACAGAAAAUUUUGUUGAGUCAAUAAUGAUCCUUGACUGAUUUGUAAUUAAGUUUAGAUGAAGGAAUCUGUAUUUGUUGUCUCUAAAGCACAGAGUUUUAUGUUUAGUUUCUCAUAUGCUUAAGAUUUCUUGAAGCAUAAAAGGUUCAAGGACCAUCCUAUGAGAUUUUGAAAUAUUUCCUAAAAAGAAUGUCCUUAAAUAAAAGCUCAACGAAUAUAUUUUUUGAGUAAUUAAACAUUAGAGAGAUAAUCUGUUUCAUCUGUAGGAAAAAAAUCCAAAAUUCUUGCUAAAACUUUGAAGGUAUUCCAUAAUCAAUCUCAACUUUUCAGCCUUCAUUCCCAAUCUAUUCGCUGUAUGCUCUUAUCCUGCUCUAGCAAAUAUCUUCCUAUUUUCUUUAUAAAACAGUGUACUUUUCCACCUUAUUGAUCACUACCAGGGAUUUCUUUCCUAACUCUUAGUUCUUCCCACUAACAAUCCUUCUGCCCACUGAAAUACUGAAAUGCCAAGUAGGCCAUUCAAGGCGCAGCUGAAAUACCCACCCCCUGCUUCCCCCCGACCCCCUUUCUUUUUCUAAUUAGAGUUACCCUUGCUUUUGGAUUCCUAUGACACAAACUUAUAGCAGGCAUCACCUGCUUUGUAUCAUAGAUACAGUUACUCUAAGAAUGAUGCAGUUCAAAGUUACAAAUAAAUGUUAAGUUAAAUUGAAUUUGUAAAAUGGUUAUAUUUAGAAACAAAUGAACCCAUCUAACUUCUUAUACUUCUUUUUUUGAAGUACAAUUAUACCAACUAUAUUUUAUAGAACAUAAUACAUGUUUUAGAAGUUUUUAUGUAAAUUAUUUGAAAUAUAAGUUAAUGGAAAAUUUAUUUUGGAGCUUGAACAAAAUAGAAUUUCAAAGCUUGAAACAUCUUUGGACUUUGUGAACACUUGUAAUACAAAACAAUUACUGUUUACGAAGUUUACUAGUAAUACAAAUACAUACGUUUACAGAGAACUUUCAUAUCUCUUAAUUCUUGACAAUGACCCUGUGAUACAGGUAGAGAUUAUCACGUGUAAUUUCUUUGGUGAGCAAACCAGCUUGAAGAGCUUAGGUUAUUUACCAAAAUCAAAUAGUAAGUGAUAAAACCAGGAUUUGAGCCCAGGUUUACUCAGUCUAAAUACAGGAAUCUUUCUAGAUUACUAUGAUUCUCAGUUUUUUUAACUUUUUGGUCAAGGCCAUCAAAAAGAAUAAUUUCCAACUAAUAUUUGUUACCUAAGAGUUGUCCCUUGUUCUGAAUUGUCAGUAUGAAGCUUUUCUUAAGAUUAAACUUUGACUUAGCUAAUACAAUUUUUGGCUUUUUUUCUCCUACCAUACAAUAAAUUUGGCAAGUAAGUUUCUUAUAAACUUACCAGUAUUUUGCAAAUGCAACUAUGCACAUGUAUUUAAUGGUCAUUUAGGUUUGUUAGCUUUUAUAAAGGCUGAAAAUGUGGUUUAUUUGAGGCUGUAUUGAAAAAAUAUAGUUGAGCUUUUCCUAAAGCAUAAAAUAACAUUGAGGGUGAUUUAGCUAACACAAUUAGUCAAGGAUUCUCAAGAGAAAUGUGGUUUAGAUCUUUACAAUACGCUUUUUUUUUUUUUAGAGGAUUUUCCCAGAGAUAACAUGAAAUAAAAUAUAAUCUCAUUGCUAUUUGAUAGUAAAUCCUAGCUUCCACAGAUAUUCUGAUGAAUUGCUUUCUACUAGGUUUAUUUGAUUUAAAAAACUGUUCUAAUAUAGAGAAUUUCAUCUGCAGAGAAUAUCUUUUCUUGGUUAAGAGUUCCUCAUAUAGAUAAACACACUGGGUCUCACAUUUAAUGACAAAUUAAACAACAAAGUUAUCGCACAGCUAUCAUUUAUAUUAAGUGCUUAGUAUGUUCUGGGCACUAUUCUAAGAAAUGUGAAGAUCAAAUUAGUUAAUUAGUUAAUUUAAUCCUCACAUUAGCUCUACCAUGAGUUUACUAUUUCUAUUCCAUUUUAUAGGAAAGGAAGGAGACAGAGUAAGUGAUUUUUCUAAGGAAGGAAAUUUGCAAGAGAGUAGUUUCAUUACAAAAACUAAAUUUGUAUGUAGCUCUGUAUUGAAGUAGGUAGGUAUAGUCAGUCUAUACCAUUAUUCUUAGUGGACUGCUUGUUAAAGGCAAGGAGAGUGUUAGUAAAGAGCUUAGCUAGAUUAGAAAAAAGAAAUUGUCUCUCUCCAUCUGUUCUAAUUAGCUUAUCUCACCAGCUUUUAUAGCAUGCUGGUUAUUUCAGAAAAGAAGUGACAGCUACUUCGAAAGGGCAACCAUUUUUCUUUACGCUAAUUUAUAAUGGUUUUGAAGUGGUUGUUCAUUCGCAAACAUAGACUUUUAAAUGUUAAGUCUUUCCUAUAACUCUUUGUUAUUGGAAGUUUCGAGGAUUUGGACACUCAGUUAAGGAUUUUGUCCUCUCCUCAUUCCUUUGGUUUUGGCCCAAAUGAUUAUGUUUCCUCUUUUUGGGAAGAUUUCUCUGGGUAUUUUGAUAUUUGUCCUGAUAGGAGGAGACUUUUCAUCGUUAACAGCACAAACCUACUUAUCUUUAGAGGAGAUCCAAGAACCCAAGAGUGCAGUUUCUUUUCUCCUGCCUGAAGAAUCAACAGACCUUUCUCUAGCUACCAAAAAGAAACAGCCUCUGGACCUCAGAGAAACUGAAAGACAGUGGUUACUCAGAAGGCGGAGAUCUAUUCUGUUUCCUAAUGGAGUAAAAAUCUGCCCAGAUGAAAGUGUUACAGAGGCUGUGGCAAAUCAUGUGAAGUAUUUUAAAGUACGAGUGUGUCAGGAAGCUGUCUGGGAAGCCUUCAGGACUUUUUGGGAUCGACUUCCUGGGCGUGAGGAAUAUCAUUACUGGAUGAAUUUGUGUGAGGAUGGAGUCACAAGUAUAUUUGAAAUGGGCACCAAUUUUAGUGAAUCUGUGGAACAUAGAAGCUUAAUCAUGAAGAAACUGACUUAUGCAAAGGAAACUGUAAGCAGCCCUGAACUGUCUUCUCCAGUUCCUGUUGGUGAUACUUCAACAUUGGGAGACGCUGCUCUCAGUGUUCCACAUCCAGGGGUGGACUCCUAUGAAGGUGCCUCAGACAGCAGCGUGGAAAGGCCAGAGGAGAGUAUUAGCAAUGAAAUUGAGAAUGUGAUAGAAGAAGCCACAAAACCAGCAGCUGAACAGAUUGCAGAAUUCAGCAUCCACCUUUUGGGGAAGGAGUACAGGGAAGAACUACAGGAUUCCUCCAGCUUUCACCACCAGCACCUUGAAGAAGAAUUUAUUUCAGAGGUUGAAAAUGCAUUUACUGGGUUACCAGGCUACAAGGAAAUUCGUGUACUUGAAUUUAGGUCCCCCAAGGAAAAUGACAGUGGCGUAGAUGUUUACUAUGCAGUUACCUUCAACGGUGAGGCCAUUAGCAAUACCACCUGGGACCUCAUCAGCCUUCACUCCAACAAGGUGGAAAACCAUGGCCUUGUGGAACUGGACGAUAAACCCACUGUUGUUUAUACAAUCAGUAACUUCAGAGAUUAUAUUGCUGAGACAUUGCAGCAGAAUUUUUUGCUGGGGAACUCUUCCUUGAAUCCAGAUCCUGAUUCCCUGCAACUUAUCAAUGUGAGAGGAGUUUUGCGUCACCAAACUGAAGAUCUAGUUUGGAACACCCAAAGUUCAAGUCUUCAGGCAACGCCAUCAUCUAUUCUGGAUAAUACCUUUCAAGCUGCAUGGCCCUCAGCAGAUGAAUCCACCACCAGCAGUAUUCCACCACUUGAUUUCAGCUCUGGUCCUCCCUCAGCCACUGGCAGGGAACUCUGGUCAGAAAGUCCUUUGGGUGAUUUAGUGUCUACACACAAAUUAGCCUUUCCCUCGAAGAUGGGCCUCAGUUCUUCCCCAGAGGUUUUAGAGGUUAGCAGCUUGACUCUUCAUUCUGUCACCCCGGCAGUGCUUCAGACUGGCUUGCCUGUGGCUUCUGAGGAAAGGACUUCUGGAUCUCACUUGGUAGAAGAUGGAUUAGCCAAUGUUGAAGAGUCAGAAGAUUUUCUUUCUAUUGAUUCAUUGCCUUCAAGUUUAUUCACUCAACCUGUGCCAAAAGAAACAAUACCAUCCAUGGAAGACUCUGAUGUGUCCUUAACAUCUUCACCAUAUCUGACCUCAUCUACACCUUUUGGCUUGGACUCCUUGACCUCCAAAGUCAAAGAUCAAUUAAAAGUGAGCCCUUUCCUGCCAGAUGCAUCCAUGGAAAAAGAGUUAAUACUUGACAGUGGUUUAGGUUCAGGAUCAGGGCAAAAAGUAGAUCUGAUUACUUGGCCAUGGAGUGAGACUUCAUCAGAAAAGAGCACUGAACCGCUGUCCAAGCCAUGGCUUGAAGAUGACGAUUCACUUUUGCCAGCUGAGAUUGAAGACGAGAAGCUAGUUUUAGUUGACAAAAUGGAUUCCACAGACCAAAUUAGUAAGCACUCAAAAUAUGAACAUGAUGAUAGAUCCACACACUUCCCAGAGGAAGAGCCUCUUAGUGGGCCUGCUGUGCCCAUCUUCGCAGAUACUGCAACUGAAUCUGCAUCUCUAACCCUCCUCAAGCACAUGUCAGAAGUACCUGGUGUUGAUGAUUACUCAGUUACCAAAGCACCUCUUAUACUGACAUCUGUAGCAAUCUCUGCCUCUACUGAAAUAUCAGAUCAGGCAGAUGCCAUCCUAAGGGAGGAUAUGGAACAAACUACCGAGUCAUCCAACUAUGAAUGGUUUGACAGCGAGGUUUCAAUGGUAAAGCCAGAUAUGCAACCUUUGUGGACUAUAUUGCCAGAAUCAGAGAGAGUUUCGACAAGAACUUCUUCCCUAGAGAAAUUGUCCAGAGACACAUUGGCAAGUACACCACAGAGUACUGACAGACUCUGGUUGAAAGCUUCUAUGACACAGUCUACCAAAUUGCCUCCAACCACAAUCUCCACCCUGCUAGAGGAUGAAGUAAUUAUGGGUGUACAGGAUAUUUCAUUAGAACUGGACCGGAUAGGCACAGAUUACUAUCAGCCUGAGCUAGUCCAAGAGCAAAAUGGCAAGGUUGGUAGUUAUGUGGAAAUGUCUACAAGUGUUCACUCCACAGAGAUGGUUAGUGUGGCGUGGCCCACAGAAGGAGGAGAUGACUUGAGUUAUACCCAGACUUCAGGAGCUUUGGUGGUUUUCUUCAGCCUCCGAGUGACUAACAUGAUGUUUUCAGAAGAUCUGUUUAAUAAGAACUCUUUGGAGUAUAAAGCCCUGGAGCAAAGAUUUUUAGAAUUGCUGGUUCCCUAUCUCCAGUCAAAUCUCACGGGAUUCCAGAACUUAGAAAUCCUCAACUUCAGAAAUGGCAGCAUUGUGGUGAACAGUCGAAUGAAGUUUGCCAAUUCUGUCCCUCCUAAUGUCAACAAUGCGGUGUACAUGAUUCUGGAAGACUUUUGUACCGCUGCCUACAAUACCAUGAACUUGGCUAUUGAUAAAUACUCUCUUGAUGUGGAAUCAGGUGAUGAAGCCAACCCUUGCAAGUUUCAGGCCUGUAAUGAAUUUUCUGAGUGUCUGGUCAACCCCUGGAGUGGAGAAGCAAAGUGCAGAUGCUUCCCGGGAUACCUGAGUGUGGAAGAACGGCCCUGUCAGAGUCUCUGUGACCUACAGCCUGACUUCUGCUUGAACGAUGGAAAGUGUGACAUUAUGCCUGGGCACGGGGCCAUUUGUAGGUGCCGUGUGGGUGAGAACUGGUGGUACCGAGGCAAGCACUGUGAGGAAUUUGUGUCUGAGCCUGUGAUCAUAGGCAUCACUAUUGCCUCUGUGGUUGGACUUCUUGUCAUCUUUUCUGCUAUCAUCUACUUCUUCAUCAGGACUCUUCAAGCACACCAUGACAGGAGCGAAAGAGAGAGGCCCUUCAGUGGCUUCAGCAGGCAGCCUGACAGCCUGUCAUCCAUUGAGAAUGCUGUGAAGUACAACCCCGUGUAUAAAAGUCACACGGCUGGAUGUGAGAAGUAUGAGGGACCCUAUCCUCAGCAUCCUUUCUACAGCUCCGCUAGCGGAGACAUGAUUGGUGGGCUGAGCAGAGAAGAAAUCAGACAGAUGUAUGAGAGCAGUGAGCUUUCCAGAGAGGAAAUUCAAGAGAGAAUGAGAGUUUUGGAACUAUAUGCCAAUGAUCCUGAGUUUGCAGCUUUUGUGAAAGAGCAACAAGUGUAAGCUUUUGGAACAGCCCCCUACCCCGACCUGCGGACUGAACAGUUUGCCCUAGAAUUAUGUCACACCUCAGUGAGCACAGAAUUUCCUGUCCAUGUGACAGGAGUCUCGGUGAUAACCAACAUUUGUUGAGUUCUUCAAAGUUUAUGCAUGUCCACACAGAUUAUCUCAUUUAUUCCUUAUAAAGGCUUUGUAAAUUGGGUGUUUCUUAUUUGAGGAAAUGAAAUCUUGGAGACAUAAAGGGACUUACUUGUCCCUUACAUGUCCCUUCAAGAUGACAGUGAUAGCCAGUGGCAGAGAAACUGUAAAACUAAGAUACUGUCUGUUUUGGACUAGAGAUGCCUGGACUACACAUAGUCUUUUCAUAUUUUCUCUCUUGUUAUCAUAGAUCUCACCAGUGAUCUGACUGAUGUGAUGCCAUAAAAUAUUUUUCAUCGAUAGUUCCUUUGAAGAAA